AUGCGUCUAUAUUGUCAUUGUCUCAAUAUUAAUAUUGAUGUAUUACAAACACACGAUGAUCAAGAGACGUUGAAACAAUUUGUACCCGUUGAUUUAGUACAAUUUGUCAAUAUAUCACAUGAAUGGUAUGUAUGUGAUGUACCAUCUGAGCAAUCGGUACAUAUUGUAUGGCAAAGUCUUCUUCAGACAAUACCUGUGCGUGACAUGAAAUUGAACCGGUGUUUAGGCUGUAAUUUAUAUACACAUGUGACAAAUAUUGGUCCAAGUCGAAUGUUAAUUAAUAAAGAUAUGCUUAAUGAAGCAACAGUUAGAAGUGUUUAUCGUGAUCCAAAUUAUUCAAAAAUAGCAAAGAUUGUAUUACCAAACACGAUGAACAGUACAAAUAUGACACGUUUAUCUGGUUCACAAGAUGAUGGUAUUCAACGUGAAUGUGACUUAGCUCAACAAGCAUUUCGUCAAUCGAUAGAAGAUGUUGAACGAGAAACAGAAGAAAAAAUUCGAAUGUAUCAACGAGAACAGGAAGAGUUUUUAGAAACAAAACGUGAAACAUUAAAUAAAGAAUUGGAUACAUUUUUAAGUUUAAUGCGUUCUGCACCUCGACAUCCAUAUAAUACUAAAGGAUCACCAACAUUACAAUCCUCAAGUUCAUAUAUUAAUGAAAAUAGUACGGAAUCAGGAUUUGGUUCGGAUAUUUUUGAUGUAGGUGCAACAGAUUUAGGUCGACAUUCAUCAACUAAUGAACGAGCAUUCUCUGAACGUCAUGCAAAUAUAGAUGAUGAAACAAAUGAUGAUCCUAUGCUUGAUAAUCAAGGUUGGUACAUUGAUAAUAAUAGUACAUCAACAUUUGCUACAUCAGUAGCAAAAGAUAUUACUUUUCGUCCUUCAAAUACAUAUGCCAUUCCUCAUCAAGAUGAUGAUAGUGAUGAUCUCGAACGUAUUGGCAAAUCAUUUCGUGAUUUAAGUAAAUCAAUGUGUACAGAUGGUACAGAACUUUUUGGUGAUCUUCCAUCACCUAGACUUAAUGCUCGACGAACAUGA